AUGUUUAGCAUUAGCGUCUGUAGGAAAGGGGCAAAAGCGCUGUCUGAGCUACAGGACCCUACUGUAUGUAUAUAUAUUAUCCAGAGAUGCACCAUCCCUCAGGCACAGAGGAAACCAUGAUCAUCUGCUGAUAAACUGCAGGGAUCAGUUAUGUUAUGGUUUCACACACACGGCAUUAAAGAAAAAUAUUUCAAUGCCUCCUGAUAUUUGGAUGUGGGAUUCCCACUCAGCAAUUUACAGCUAAAACACUCUGCUGGAAAUAGGCAGAAUAGCAAUGCUAAUAAUCCAAAAACCCACUAAAAGAGAAAUAUUGAAGACCAACACAAAAAUGGAUGUUGAACUUUCAGCAAAAUCUUUACCAAACAUGGCUUUAAAGAUCUUGGCAGUGGAUUGUAACCCUGAUAAUGUAAUCAUCAAAUUUCAAGGAAAAUACAAUUCCGAAAGUGAAUUUGAUUACCAUAUCUUGCAAAAUGAAAUCCAGCUUGUUCCAAAAGUGCGAGAUGGAAUUGGUAGCGGGGAGUUCUGUUUAGUUCAAGACAAACCAUUUGGAGCAUGGCAAAGAGGAAAAGUUUUGAAUAAAAUAAAUGAGAAAUCCGAAGUAUUUUUGAUAGACCAAGGAAAUACAGUAAAUGUUGAUUCCACUCAAAUAGCAUCCGCUUCUGUGGAGCUUUUUUCACUCCCUCCAAGAGCAGUGAAUGGUAUUUUCUCUGGUAUACUUCCUCUAGGAGACAAGUGGACCCCAAAAGCGGUAAAUUAUUUCUCGUCUUUGGUAGGACUUCAGGUGGAAGGGCAUAACCAAGCUGUCUUGCUGGAUCAGGUCACAAUUUUUGAAGUGCCAACCAUUAUCACUAGUGCUGUGGAGUUAAACCUGGCAAGGUAUAUUGAUUCUACAACAUUCUGUCUUCUCACAGAGAUUUUAUACAAAGCUACCAUAAAUUACCAAUGCAAACAAUUGCCAGAUUUGUUACAGCAAAAGACCUUAUAUUUGAGUUCUUCGCACAGUCUCCAUGAUUUGCUUAGCAGUUCUCAAAAGAUUCUGGAUCAUCUCCUACCAGAUGUUGCAAUAGGAGCAACUGAAAAAGUUAAAAUAUCAGCUGCUGUAAGCUACAGUAGGUUUUAUUGUCAUUUAUUGUCGUGGGAAAAAGAACUUGGUGAUUUGAAUACUCUGAUGUUUUCUCAUUAUGAAACCAUAAGGAUAAAACAAAAUUCAAUACUGGACAAUUUUGGCGUUCUCUGUGCUGCUAAAAGGAAAGAUGGUCUGUGGCAUAGGGGGGUAAUAGAAACAUUUCUUUGUGGUAAAAAAGUACAAAUCUGGUUUAUAGAUAUUGGGUGUAGAGAAACAAUAUCUUCCUCCUUUGUUCAAAAGUUAAAAACGGAAUUCCUUACUCUGCCCAUGAUGGCUGUUCCUUGCUCUUUAAUAAGUAUGAAUGGUCAUGCAGAUUAUGCCACGAAUAUUCAGUUGACACCCUUUAAGCAGUUCCUUUUAGGACAAGCUGUUAUUGCUACAUUUGAACAAUUUAAUAACGAAGAACGCCUGUUUUACAUAACGUUGCAAACUAAAGAGUAUGACCUGAAUGCAAACUGCCAUUUAACAAAUCAAUGUGUUCCAGUAUUUUCCCCAAAUUGUUACAGAAGCCUCUGCGAUUCUACAUUGCCAGAGAAACCAAGCACUUUUUGUGUACCUGACAAAGCCUCAACUGAGGCAGUGUUUCAUAAAACCAUUCAAAUGGAUGCAGAUUCAGUACAUGUGGGAUAUGUUGAGUACGUGUUGAAUCCAUCCAACUUCUGGAUACGAACUGAUGAGUUACAGAAUGAGUUUUCAGCCAUGAUGGAAAAAAUUGCCGAAACUUAUAAUCCAUGUGGUCCUACUGAAAGAGUUCUAAAAGAUCCUGAACCAGGAGACCUUUGCUGUGCACUGUAUUAUAAAGACAGACAUUAUUAUAGAGCCAUUGUCACUGAUAUUCUUGACUUAAAAGUUGCUGUUUACUUUUUUGAUUUUGGAAAUACAGAGACAGUUCCUUGUUAUGAUGUAAAAACCUUACUGCCGGAAUUUGAAAUUUUGCCUGCUUUGGCAAUGUGCUGCUCUUUGGCUUAUGCUUAUCCUGUGGAAGAUGUGUGGGUAAAGAGUGCCAAUGAUUUUUUCAAACGAAUGGUUUCUGGUAAAGCUCUUCUUUUUCAUGUUCUCGUGAAGCACAAAUACAAAUAUAUUGUUGACGCGCGAUAUUUGGAAGACUCUGAAAACUCAGAUAUUGUUAUGAUGAUGGUAAAAGCUGGAUAUGCAGAAUAUUGGAAGGUAAACCUAAAUCCAAGUCCUGUGGUUACAAAGAUUCGCUCAACAGGAAAAUAUAAAAAUUCAAAAGUUGUUAAACAAAAUAAAACUCGCAUGACCAUAGCAAAGCAUGUCUUGAAAAAUGAGAAUGAGCGAUCCAGAAACCAGUCUCCCAAAACUGAAGUUUUGCCUAUUACUUUUAAACAGUAUUUAUUUAAACCAGGAUCUGUGGUGAAUGUCAAAUGUUCACAUGUGAACUCCCCAAGAGAUUUCUGGUGCCAGCUUCUCACAGAAACUUCAGCAUUAGCAUUAGAAAGUAUAAUGAAAGACAUUCAGAGUUAUUAUUCAUGUUGUAAUGACAUGUACAAACAUGGGCAAAUAGCUUGCAUUGUAAAGUGUGCGGACAGUGGUAUAUUUUAUAGAGCAGCUGUUCAUAAUGUUACAGAAAAGGCAGUGGAUAUUAUUUUAGUUGACUAUGGAUAUUCUAAAAGAGCUUUGAUUUCAGAUCUUCGAGAAAUAAAGCCCCAGUUUCUAGCUUUAGAAGGUCAGGCAUUUCGUUGUAGUCUGAACAGCUUUCUUACUCCUGUAAGACCUCAUCUCAGUUGGACUUCGGAGGCCUGUAGAGAUUUUAAAGACUUUGUUAAUUCUUCUGUGACUGAGGAUUUGAAAUGCACAGUCCAUGCCCUGUUUAGCAUGGGUACUACAGACCUUUUUAACGCCGUCAGUUUGGAAAAGCGUUUUGUGUGUGUGUGUCAGUUUCUGCUUAACAAAGGACAUACUGCUUUCUCACAUGCCUCAAUUCCAUUAAUUACUCUGCGUAGCUUUUGUUACUCUGACUUCAACAUUAAAGUUGGAAAUUUAGAACAGGUGUAUAUUACACAUGUUUACAGCACUAGCAGAUUUUAUUGCCAACUUGUGAGAAAUACUGAAGCAAUCGAAGCACUCAUGAAAAGAGUUUCAGAUAUUGGUGACCAACUAAUACAAACUGAUUGUACAAAAGAAAGCAAAUUGUGUAUUGUGAAGUAUUUUGAAGAUGGCCACUUCUAUAGAGCUUUGGCAUGUCCAAUAGAGUCUUCCUUAUUGUUCUCAGCAUUUUUUGUGGAUUUUGGAAACAGCCAGAUGGUAACAAAAAAGGAACUGUUACCCAUACCAGACACAGCAGCAGAUCUUUUAUCGGAACCAAUGCAAGCUAUCCAGUUUUAUCUUGCUGGUUUAGAAAAUGUUGUUUUCACAGAAGAAGUUAUAAAAUGGUUAGAUGAAAACUGUUUGGGUAUGCAGCUGAAUGCUGUUGUAUUGGCCAAAGACUGUGAUAACCAGCUUGUUGUAGAUCUGUACAAGGAAAAGCUCCAUAUAAAUCAGAAAGUUAAAGAACUGCUAGGCUACCCUCCCUCUGGGGAUAAUAUUGUAAUUUUGCCACAAUUAAAAAAUGAAAUUAAUCCCACAUCAGAAAAAGGUAUAUCAAAAAAACAAACAGAACAACUUAUGUCGCAAAUGCUUAAAUGCGAAACUCCAUCACAAAUUGAUGAAGUACCUACUGCCAGAUUAGUUUCGGCCUUUGAGAACUUAUCAGUGAACCAAAUGCAAUGUAAUAGUGUACAAAAUCUAGUACAUCGUGAAGGUAAGGUUGCUCUGGAUGUAAUAACUUCACCUAGAACCUGUAUUACUUGUAGUGAUCUGCCAGAAUGUCUGAUCGAACCAUUGUCUAAAGAUGUUGGAUAUAUUUCCCACAUAAACAGUCCUUCUAGUUUUUAUAUACAACUCUCAAAAAACGAGAAUGCAAUAGUUCAUCUUGCAGAAGAACUUAAUAAGGAACCAUUAUCAUUUCAAGCUCUCUCUGCCAGAGAUUGUAAGAAGGGCAUGCUAGUAGCUGCUGAAUAUCCAGACGACCUUUGUUUUUAUAGAGCCGAAAUUCUAGAAAUGAAAGAAGACAAAUCGUUUGAAGUGAAAUUUAUUGAUUAUGGUAAUACUGCAUACGUGUCUUCGUUAUUUUUGCUUCCGGAUAAAUUUUUAUCUGUUCCUAAAUUUAGUAUCGCUGCUUCUCUUUUUGGUAUUGAAGCAUUAAAAACUAGGGAGGAAUGGAGUCGAGAUGUCACCUCCUACUUUUCUCAAAAAGUUAACGGAGAAUCUGUUGACUGUAAAUUUUUAAAAAUGAAUGGAAUGCAUUGGGAGGUCAGUCUAGUUUGUAAAACUGAGUUAGUAGCAGAUGAUCUAAUUAAGCAUUUUGGUUCAACAAAAACACAAAAUACAGCAAGUGUGACAGCUACUCAUUCAACUCAUCCUUCAAAUUCAAAGCUUAUUGAUAUGCAAAACCAAUGCAAUGUCAUUGGUGAGACAAAUAACGAAAUUACUUAUGAAACCAGGGAAAUCCAGAAUCAGAAUGUGAUACCUAAUCAGAUUGAAACAGUGAAAAAUAUGUACUUUGCAGACUGUGGCAGAUUCUUUGUUACUUUACAUGGAUGCUCAUUAGAAGCCAACUUAGUUACUUUGAUUGCUGAAGCUGUCAAGCAGGCUGAUAACCGGCUAGCAGUCAAAAACAUUACAAAGGGAAUUACAUGUUUGGCAAAAUCUGAAAAAAUUCAGACAUGGCUACGUGCAUCAGUAGAGGAUAUUUUUCCGCAAAAAUUGAAGAUGUUGGUUUUCUAUGUCGACCAUGGUGCACACGAGUUAAUAAGCAUGCAUAAUGCUAAAGUACUAUCUGGUGAUUUGUUAAAAAUUCCUAAGCAAGCGAUUGCCUGUAGAUGGGCAUGGAAUGAGAAGAUUAAUGAGUUAGAAUUUCAAAAAAUGUUGUCAUCACUCAUGAAAAAGGAUGUACAAGUCCUGUUUCUAAAAUUCUUAAAAGCCUGCCAAACCUGGAAAGUAGAGGUUCUUAUAAAUGGGUCGCUCUUGAUGGAGUAUUUUCAUGCCAACUGUCGCCAAGCUGAAAAUAGUAAAAAUAAUUCAGUUACAAAUAGAUCUUUUGUAGAGUUUUGUAUCCCUGAACCCAUUCUGCAAUGUGGGACCAUAUACACUGGCUUUAUUACAGCAGUUUAUGAACCUACUGAUUUCUAUUUUCAGUCAGAGGAUUCUGAGGAUUUAAUGAGUAAAUUACUAAAGCUUCUCCAUGAACUCUCCAAUGAUCCUUUGCCUUUACCUUGUGAGUUAUUAAAGCCUGGUGUAGCUUGCCUUUUAAAGUGCUUUGCUGACAAUACAUGGUGCAGAUCAAAAAUUAUAGCAAUAGAAAAUUCAGUUCUGCUUAAUCUUGUAGACUACGGUGUGCUUAAAAAUAUCCCAUUUUCCGAUGUUGGCAGGUUAAAAUGUAUUCCAGAAAAGCUUGCCAGUCUGCCAUCUUUAACCUAUCACUGUUCAUUAUAUGGAGUCAAACCCUACGGUGGAUCAGAGUGGUCCAAAGAUGCAGUAACCUUCUUCACAAACUUUGUAAUGAAACAUUCCUCAUUGUUGCUUCAGUGUGUUGGAAAUAAAGCCCCUGGCAAAAUGGAAGUGAAUAUUUACGGACAAGGAAGUUUAUCUAAAUGUCUUGUUUCUAUGGGAUUUGCGGAGUUCUCAGAAAGAGCAACAGCAUGGAAUUCCGAUUCAGUAAAUAAUAUGCCAAAUGGGCUCUUGAAAUCGAAAACAACAGCUGAUAUGUAUUUACAGAAUUCAAACAAACAGCGUCAAGACUACAAUUCUAAUGUUACAUUAUAUUCAUAUGCACAAAAUAAAAACAGCAAAGAAUUCCAAAUGCCUAAACGGAAGCAGGAAACCUUCUUGGACAACUAGUUUCAAUUGCACUUGGAUAUCUGCUUUAUGCAAUACGUGAACUAUCCUCAAGAAACAUCUUCAUUAUUGAAGAAAGAGGACUUUCGUGCCAAGAACAAUUUUUCUAGAAACCAAUUUGUGCUUUAAUAAUAAUAAUAAAAAAAAAAAAUUACUGGUAUUUGCUUUUGUUCCACUAAAUGUAACAUGUAGAAGUAGUGGGUGGGGUUUUCAUUACUGGAGCUUUUCAUUUGUAUAGAGAGUAUAUUCAAGGUAUGUAGUUUUUGUUUGUAUGCAUUUCUUGCAUGUUGUUUGUUUUGGCCUAGCAUAGGUUUCUCAGUUGAUUUUUACUAAUACCUUCAAUGCAAUUUAUGUACUGUAGCUCUUAUAAAAAUAUGUUCCUUGUUUGUUUACAGUGUUUAUCUUGGAGAGCCCUUCCUAGCUGACAUUUGAAAUCAAAUAGCACAUACAUAAAAUGGAGUGUUAGUUGCUGUUCUUCAAAUUCCAAGUUAAAAGUUAUACUUUUAUGAUAGUAUAAUUGAUAGGAAGAUGCCAUUAUUAAUGUUUAUGAAAUACCUCAAAGGUUAUUUUGUAGUAAAGCUUCCAUAAUUCAAGCUGGACUGGCUAACAAAUGUAAAUAGAACUUAAGCCCAUUGAGGGAUCAUGCCACUCCCAUCUUAAAGGAUAGAAAUGGCUUUCCCCCUUAACCCGGUCCAAUAGUCUGGAGGGUAAGUAUACUAGGAGGGAGCAGUUUAGCUUAGUUAUAUGAAAGUCAGUAUCUCUUUAAGUUACUAAUAAAUGUUUAUUAACUGCCACCCCAGAAUCCCACUACAUCAUUUAUAUUAAAACCCACCUUCAUUAUUGAUUAGGGCAUACAAUUAUGCCCACCAUUUGUUGCACCUUUUCAGCUCCAUGUGUUCUAUACUUCCAUCAGUAGGGAGUAGAGUGACGCACAGUUCAUCCAUAGUCCUUUUGUGGUAAGAAUGUUUGAGAAAUGGGUUAGAUCCCUUCCCUGGCAAGCCAUACACAUCUGUACAUCAGCCGGCUGGGCUGGCAGUUUGAGUCUGUGGUUCAUAACAUUGCAUUUGGAGAGUUUUUUUUUAUUUAUUGUGUAUGAGUUUUUAUUUACAUAUGUAAUAAACAAGUAGUUUUGAUUUGUAUUAUUAUUCGUUCUAGGAUAUAUUGAAAUGUAUCAAUUUUUUUUCAUUUCAUUGUUUGGACUAAAUGUUUUUACAUCCAGAUUGCUUAUUUUUAUUUAAAUACACAUGUUUAACAAGUUGGAA